CCGCAGCCGGCUCCUCAGUUCCAGAUCGGAUCCUCCCAGCCCCGACGUUCCUGACCUCACCGCAGCUCCCCGAGGACAGCAGGCAAGAUGACCCAAAACACAGUGACGGUGAAUGGAGUCCACGUGGCCUCUGCACUGUCCCCGCAGACCGACGUCCACAUCCACAUCCACCAGGAGUCAGUUUGGACACAACUCCUGAAGCAAUUUCCUUCUUGCCCUCGGGACACUGGCCCUUCCAAGGCCGGGAUAAACUAUGAGCAGCUGGCUGUAGGGGUGACCCAGCUAUUGCUGGGGGUUGUGAGCUGUGCUCUUGGAGUAUGUCUCUACUUUGGGCCCUGGACUGAGCUCUGUGCCUCUGGAUGUGCCUUCUGGGCAGGGUCUGUGGCUGUUGCAGCAGGAGCUGGAGCCAUUGCCCACGAGAAGUAUCAGGGCAGACGUUCAGGCUCUGUCUCUGGGCUGUUCGCCCUGGCUGGCAUUGCUACAGCUACAGCUGCUGUUGUCCUCUGUGUGAACAGCUUGAUUUGGCAAAAUGAUCGCUUCUACAUCGAGAUCCAGUCUGUGUGUGAUCACCCACAUCCUGUCACCACAACCAUUGGGUAUCCAUGGGUCCCGGGAAGACGUUACCAGACUUACGAUGUCAUAGACUGGAGGAAGAAUGAGUGCAGAUCAUCCAUGCAAAUGGUGAUGGAUUUGUUCCUAGGAUUCUGUGCCCUGCUCCUGGCUGUCUGCAUCCUGGAGGUCCUUGUGUCCUUGGUUUCCCUGCGAAUGAGUCUUCAAAGCUUGUACAGCCAGAGCUUCCAACCUUUGGAUAAAGAAGGGUCUGAGAAGAAGCUACUGGGGGAGAAUUUAGUGCCUCCCUCCCCAUUCAAAGAGAAGACCCUGGCUGUCAGUAUCCUGUGAGCUGCCAAAGGCCUUGCUUGAAGUUCAUUGUGUUGUGUCCUGAGCAGCCCAGUGCUCAAGGGGAGGACGGAACACUCUCCCCAGAGCCCUCAGACUUGCUUCUCCCUUGUCCAACCCCUCUGUUUCCUUCUCUUCCCACUAUCCUCACCUACCAUGCCCAACCCACUGUCCUCAGCUCAUACUUACUAAAAAUAGAAACA